GUAAUUCGACCUUUGACGGUGCGUGUCGUGUUAAUCUUUUUCUUCGUUCUACUCGUUUUUGUUACGUUAUCGUUAUAUUUUUCUUAUUAAUUUUAUAUUCCUACCUGCGUGUUGUAAUAUGAAUACUACAGAUGAAAAUGCCUCAAAUACUGCAGAAAAUACUUCUACUAUCAAUGAUAAAUUGGACAAAUUAUUUAAAGUUGUAAAUGACAUGAAAUCUACUCAAAGCAAACUAAUUACUUCAUUCAAUGCUUACCGUGAUGAGAAGAAAAUCCACGACAAAAAAUUCACUGAUAUUGAAGGUAAAUUAGAUAUUAUUACCAAGCAUUUCAAUGACUUGCUUAAUGAGAACAAAGCUCUUAAAAAUCAAAUUGAAAUUAUUAGUUCUAAGUUGGUUGUACUUGAAGCACGAAACUCUACUCCACCGUCAGUCAAUCAUGAAGAAAUCUUAUCUGAAAUUAUAGACCGCCAAGCUAGAAGCCGUAAUUUAAUUUUAUUUAACGUUCAUGAAAACACAACUGAUUCUCUAAACGAAAUUCAAGUAGUUUCUGAGUUAUUCCGUCAAAUUGGUGUUACCACUGUUCCAUUAAAUGUUCUCCGUCUUGGUAAAAUUUCUAAUAAUGCUCGGCCUAUCCGUGUUACACUACCAAAUCAACAUGAUAUUUUUAACGUAUUAAAAAACAAAUUUAAGUUACGUCAAUCUGAAAAUUUAAAACACAUCAGUAUAUCUACAGAUCGAUCUUUAGGGCAACGUAAAUAUUUCAAAGUUGUGUUAGAUGAGCUUAACACCAGAAAAGCUGCUGGUGAAAAUGAUAUAUUUAUCAAAUUCAAUAAUAACAUUCCGUUCAUUUCAAAAAAACUGCCGAAACUAAGACCAAGUUCCUACAAUCUCAAGUUUUACUAUCAAAAUAUUCGUGGCAUAAACACUAAACUUGAUGUUUUUAAUAGAAAUAUUGCUCUGGUGGACUAUGACAUCAUAAUACUAACAGAAACCUGGCUUCAUAAUGAGGUCAAUGACAUUGAACUUGGUAUUAUCCCAAAAUACACAGUUUUUCGUUGCGACCGUGAUAGUGUCAUGGGCUGCAUUAUCAGAGGAGGUGGUGUGUUAAUUGCGAUCAAGAAUCACCUUCAAUGUAAUCGUAUUCCACUUCAAAACAACAACAUCGAGCAAUUAUUUAUCAAACUUUCUAUGGGUUCUUUCACUCUAUUAAUUGGAUCGGUAUAUAUUCCUCCUAAUUCAAGUGUUGAUAUUUAUAAUGACCAUACUGAUACUGUAAGCAAUUUGUUAAAUCUUUCGCAUUACUCAAAUGUUAUUCUAUUGGGUGACUAUAAUCUACCGGGUAUUCACUGGUCGUUAUUAAAUAAUAAAAUUGUCCCUAAUGUUUCUCAAUUUAAUAAUUUAAUUGCCAAUAACCUGGCUAAUUUCUCUUACCUUAAUCUUAAUCAGUUCAAUCUUGUUAAAAAUCGAUCAGAUUCAAUUCUCGACUUAGUUUUAUCUAACGCUCAUAAUUUAGUAGUUCGUAACGAGCCAUUUUCUUUGUUACCGAUAGAUUAUAUGUAUCACCCUGCAUUAACUGUCACACUCCCAACCAAUAUUGGUCUCAAGUUUUUGAUAAAUUGUGCAUAA